AUCGUGAUACAAGAUCCUCCGCUCUUUUCCCUUGGGUGCCGCACUUACUACAUACGAAAAUAAUAAAAGAAAAAAUGCACGAAUCAAUACAUGCGGAAUAGAAGGCAUUCGGCGCGAAGGAGGCUACCUGUUUUCGUAGACGCGCUCCCGGGUGCGCGCGGGGACCGCGCGUCCUCACGGGGAUCUGAUCGUCGCACCUGAAAUAGAGUCCUUCCUCUUUUUCAUACACACCUUUUAAAGCCGAGCGGGGACGCGCUCCGCGAGACACGGGGACGCGCUCCGGUCUCGACGCGCGCCGCCGAGCACACACAGUAUUAUUAAACGUUGCGGGACGCGCGUCCCGCGAGGCUACGUUCUAGAUUGUUAUUAAUGGUUUUCUGCGUCGGAUCCGUGUCUGUUAUUUUUCUGACAUGAAGAAGUGGAAUACUGAAGGGGAGGAGAGGAUGAGAAUGAGGAAGAGAACGGGAAGAUGCGUGCUGUUUAAUAACCACUUCUGAUCAGUGAUGACUCGGAUCGAUCGGUUGAUGAAAAUGUCGCUUCUUGUUUUCGGGAGAGGAUAAUAUACGCUGCGGACUGGAGAAGGUCAUUAAUGAAUUUGUAUUUAUUUGGAAAUCAUCUGAGGUCGGUGCCUGUUUUUUUUCUUUUGUGGAUUCUUACGUAGAAACAGCGCUUUUUAUUUAUUGUACCUGUCAGAAUGAUUAUUGCGUUUUGCUUCUGAGUGAAUGACUUUACGUGAAGAAAACGGACACGCGGAGGGAAAUGAAACAAGAAUAAAGGUGGAAUGUGAUGAGGAAUGACGUGCGGCGAACGGAUGGACGUGGACGCGCUUUCCCCACAGAUAAAAAACACACAGCGUGUGUAUAAACGCAUCUUCUACGGGAUCCCGCACGCAUCGCCGUCCGAAGAGCAUCAUUGCGGGAACACACACGUUUUGUCGCCGCGAUCUUAGUGUAUCUGGGUCCUUCCUAUCGAGGAGCCGUUUUUUUCGGCAUAUGAUGUCGGUGAAGCGGAGCGCCGACACGGACUGCGCAAAAACAUCCCUGCUUCCACUUCCAGCCCACCGUGCGUCUCUUCCCGUGAUCCGUUAUUAUCUUUGUCAAUAAGAACACUCAUAAUAAGAGGAGGAGGCGGCUCCUGCUUUUCUCGCCUGGUCUCUCCUUUUUCAGUGUGUUAUUGUUACUGUUAUUAUUGUGCUAUUAAUUUUUGGUGAGAGCGCCGAGCUGACAUGAGAGGCACCUCCGCAGCCUCCCCGCGCCUCGUCCGGCCUCCCUCUUAUUCCUCAGACUCUCCGCUUUAUUAAUGUUUAAUCUGCACGCACCCACACCGAGAGGAGCAGAGAGCCGUGCGCCGCAGGGAAGGAGGCGAGCACGAAGAGAACCGCGCGGGAGCGAGGAACGGAGUGAUGGAGAACGCGCGCUGAGAGCCGCGGCGCGCACAUCGAAGGAGCGGAGGAACCGAGGAUCUGCCACAGAGAGGGAGUAAGCAGGAGGAGGCGGGACUCCCGCAGUUGUGCCCCGCCCACGUGAGCCAGCUAACCACGCCCACGCAACACACCCCCAGCCUGCGAGCAUGGCGCUGCCGCUCUGGGUCCUGUGGACGUGUGCCGUCACGCUCAGCAGCAUCACCCCCUCCGCUCAAGGCCUGAGCCGAGCGGCGAUGCCCUUCGGUCUCCUGCGUAGGGAGCUGGCGUGUGAGGGCUACCCCAUCGAGCUGCGCUGCCCUGGCAGCGACGUCAUCAUGAUCGAGACGGCCAACUACGGCCGCACCGACGACAAGAUCUGCGACGCCGAUCCCUUCCAGAUGGAGAACGUGCAGUGCUACCUGCCGGAUGCCUUCAAGAUCAUGUCGCAGAGGUGCAACAACCGAACGCAGUGUGUGGUGGUGGCUGGCUCCGACGUCUUCCCUGACCCCUGUCCCGGCACCUACAAGUACCUGGAGAUCCAGUAUGAGUGCGUCCCCUACAUCUUUGUGUGUCCGGGGACCCUUCUGCGAGUGCAGCCUGCCAGCUCUCUCCAAGAGGCAGAGCACCAAGCGGGGGCCUGGUGCAAGGACCCCCUGCAGUCCGGGGAUCGGCUCUACGUCAUGCCCUGGACCCCCUAUCGCACAGACAUGCUGUACGAGUACAUCUCCUGGGAGGACUUCCGGCAGAACCGUGCUACUACAACCUACAAGUUGCCAAACCGAGUAGACGGCACCGGGUUUGUGGUGUAUGAUGGCGCUGUCUUCUACAACAAGGAGCGAACACGCAACAUUGUCAAGUACGACCUGCGCACGCGCAUCAAGAGCGGUGAGGCCAUCAUCGCCAAUGCCAACUAUCAUGACACGUCGCCGUACCGCUGGGGUGGAAAGUCUGAUAUCGACCUGGCCGUGGACGAGAAUGGCCUGUGGGUCAUCUACGCCACUGAGGCCAACAACGGCCGCCUAGUGGUCAGCCAGGUAAACCCGUACACGCUGCGUUUUGAAGGCACCUGGGAAACAAGCUUCGACAAGCGUCUGGCAUCUAACGCCUUCAUGGCCUGCGGGGUACUGUACGCCGUGCGCUCCGUCUACCAGGAUGACGACAGCGAGGCGGGUGGGGACGUUGUCCUGUAUGCCUACAACACGAAUCGCGGGCGUGAGGAACCUGUGAACAUCCCAUUCCCGAACCCCUACCAGUAUGUGUCCUCCAUUGACUACAACCCCCGCGACAACCAGCUGUACGUGUGGAACAACUACAACGUGCUGCGCUACCCGCUGGAGUUCGGACCACCAGACCCCACCACCGACUCCCUGACCACCACACAGGUGAGCAGCACCACACAGGCACCCUUCACGGUUACCACGGCCCACAGCUCAGGCCCCCCUACACCACGUCCCCUGCCGCCCACCUCACACCCCAUCGGGGCCAUCAACAAGGGCCCAGACCUGCGGCCCAUCACGGCCACGGUGCCAGUGACCGGACGUCCUCCCCGCCCGCAGCGGCCCCCCCAAGGCCCAGAGCCAAACCUGUGUGGGGGGAUGGUGGCCCGGGGGGUGCAGUGGCCCUCUACUCAGCGAGGGGAAAUGGUGGAGCGACCCUGCCCCAAAGGAUCACUGGGCAUCGCCUCCUUCCAGUGCAUGUCGAACCCUGUGAUGUGGAACCCCCGAGGGCCUGACAUUAGCAACUGCACCUCGCCCUGGGUCAGCCAGGUGGCCCAGAAGAUCAAGAGCGGGGAGAACGCAGCCAACAUCGCAGCCGAGCUGGUGAACCAUACCCGCGGUCGCAUUCAUGCUGGAGAUGUCAGCUCAUCUGUGCGCCUCAUGGAGCAGCUCCUUGACAUUCUGGAUGCGCAGCUGCAGGCGCUACGUCCUGGCAACAAGGAGUCGGCUGCACGCAACUACAACAAGCUGCAGAAGAGGGAACGCACCUGUCGAGCGUACAUCCAGGCUGUAGUGCAGACAGUGGACAACCUGCUUCGGCCGGAGGCUCUCGAGUCCUGGCAAGACAUGAACAGCACAGAGCAGGCGCACACAGCCACCAUGCUGCUGGAUGUUAUGGAGAAGGGCGCCUUCCUGCUAGCCAACAACCUGUACGAUACCCGCUUCACCGACCGGGCCACCAACAUCGAUCUGGAGGUGUAUGUGCUGAACACAGAGAUGGAUCUCCAGGACCUCUCCUUCCCACAGUCUUACUCCAGUGACAGCACCAUCCAGCUCUCGGCGUCCACAGUCAAGCAGUACAGCCGCAACGGUCAGGUGAAGGUGGUCUUUGUGCUGUACAAGAACUUGGGCUUCUUCCUGUCCACUGAGAAUGCCACCAUCAAGAUGGAGGUGGAGCCUGGCUCUGGGGGGCGUGGCCUGGCCGUUAAUUCCCAUGUUAUCGCCGCCUCCAUCAACAAAGAGUCCAGCCGGGUGUUUCUGACUGAGCCUGUGGUGUUCACUAUGAGGCAUCUGCAGCUGGAGAACCACUUCAGCCCAAACUGCUCUUUCUGGAACUACUCGGAACGCUCCAUGGUGGGCCAGUGGUCCUCGCAAGGCUGCAAGCUACUGGAUACCAACGGCACCCACACGACAUGCUCCUGCAGCCACCUGACCAACUUUGCGGUGCUCAUGGCCUUCCGAGAGCCUGCUUACCCGGGCCGCAUGCACGAGCUCAUCCUGUUCGUCAUCACCUGGGUGGGCAUCGUCAUUUCCCUUGUGUGCCUGGCUAUCUGCAUCUCGACCUUCUGCUGCUUGCGAGGGCUGCAGACAGACCGCAACACAAUCCACAAGAACCUCUGCAUCAACCUCUUCAUCGCCGAGCUGCUCUUCCUCAUUGGCAUCGACAAAACGCAAUACAAUAUUGCCUGCCCAAUCUUUGCUGGCCUGCUCCACUUCUUCUUCCUGGCUGCCUUCUCCUGGAUGUGCCUGGAAGGGGUGCAGCUCUAUCUGAUGCUGGUGGAGGUCUUUGAGAGCGAAGAGUCUCGCCGGAAGUACUACUACCUGUGUGGCUACUGCUUUCCCGCGCUCGUUGUGGGCAUCUCUGCUGCCAUUGACUACCGCAGCUAUGGGACCAAGAAAGCGUGCUGGCUGCGAGUGGAUAACUACUUUAUCUGGAGCUUCAUCGGACCUGUCUCCUUCGUCAUCAUGCUGAACCUCGUGUUCCUAAUGAUCACGCUCCACAAGAUGGUCCGCAGCUCCUCAGCUCUCAAGCCUGAUUCUAGCCGGCUCGACAGCAUCAAGGCCUGGGCUCUGGGAGCCAUCGCCCUGCUCUUCCUCCUUGGUCUGACCUGGGCCUUUGGGCUCCUCUUCAUCAAUGAGAACACAGUCAUCAUGGCCUAUCUCUUCACCACUUUCAACGCCUUCCAGGGCAUGUUCAUCUUCAUCUUCCACUGUGCCCUGCAGAAGAAGGUCCAUAAGGAGUACAGCAAAUGUCUACGCCACUCCUACUGCUGCAGCCGCUCCUCUACUUCCAGCUCCCACGGCUCGCUGAAGACCUCCGCCCUGCGUGCCAACAACCGCUAUUACACGGGCAGCCAGGCGCGCCACGCUUCCACCAACAGACAGAGUCGCAUUCGCCGCAUGUGGAACGACACAGUCCGCAAACAGACCGAGUCUUCCUUCAUGGCUGGAGACAUCAACAGCACCCCGUCACUGAACCGAGCUGCAAUGGGAAAUCACCUUCUGACUAAUCCAGUGCUGCAGACUCGCUCUGGCACAUCCCCCUACAACACACUAUUGGCCGAAAGCUUCAACCCCACCUCACCGGGCGUAUUCAACUCCACUGGAACCUUUCGAGACCCAAAGGCUGGUUUGUCUAAGAGCCAGGACUCAUGCGGCAUGGAGACCCUUCCGCUCAAUGGAAACUUUAACAACAGCUAUUCCCUGCGGAGCGUCGGGAGCGAAGACUUCUUAGGAGGAGGGGUUGGGGUUGGGGGUGGGGACAACAACCCUCCCCUUCUGCACCCAAGGAGCACAGGGACACUUGGUGUCGGAGCUGGAGGCAUCAGACGGAACCUCUCCGAUGCCGCCGCCUUUGAGAAGAUGAUCAUCUCAGAGUUGGUGCAGAACAACCUCCGAGGGAGCGGGACUGGCGGAGGGGCUCCGGGUGAGCGGUGCGGCAGCCUGGCAAGAGGGCGUAGCGGGGGAGGGACCUCGAGGGGUGGAGCAGAACCAGGGACAGGUGAGGAGGAGCCCCGCCCCUCUCGAGAUGUGGAGCGGCUCUACAAGGCACUGGAGGAGCCCCUGCUGUUGCAGCGUGCCCAGUCGACGCUGUACCAGAGCGACCCUGAUGAAUCGGAGAGCUUCACUGCUGACCUCACUGAGAGCCUAGAGGCUGAUGGCGGAGGGACCCGCUCACCCACCCGGGACUCGCUCUACACGAGCGGGGCCAACCUGCGGGACUCGCCCUACCCUGACAGCAGCCCUGAGCCACUGGAGGUGGUUCCACGCUCUGCCCAGCCCCCUGAGGAGCUCUACUACAGUUCGGGCCGCCCCGCCAUUGGUUCCCGCGGUGGCCCCAUGCAGACCUUCUACCAGCCCCCUCCCAGGAAGCCCAGUGGGGAAGGUUAUCUGACACCGUCUGGGCUGGAGCCCCCCCACAGUGACGGGGGCGAGGGGCAGAUGCAGCUGGUCACUAGUCUGUGACUAGGACGGUGGUGAGUGGGACUCGAGGGAUAAGGAACUAUUCAACAGCUGGCACUCUGCCCACUCGCCCUCCCUCCCCAUCAUCCCAUACCUUUCUGUUUAUCAUUGUCAUGUGACUGACAAGCAGACACAAGCCAAGGCUCAUUGGACGGUUCUUACGGUUCUAACCCCUCCUCGUUGUUACUGUCUCCCUCUAGGGGAAGAGUGCACCCAUAACAGUUUGUACUUAUUUGACCACUUCUCACACCUACGCCCUACCAUUUCUUUCUUUUCCCCUCCCUUUUCCUCCCACCAUACCCUGCCACCCCCGAUUAGCCUCAUGUUGCCCUCUGACCUCACCAUCCAUGCUUCUCAAGUGUCGGCUCUUCUCACAGUUCCGGAUCUCUCCGUCCCCUCCCCACCGUCAGAUUUCACUUGCAAUCUGCGCUCCUCGGCUCCUGCUCCUUGCUUCCCGGGGGCUGGGGAUGUGCCAACGUGACACAGCUGAUGUUCCCAGAAUGCUUUUCUGCGUUGCCAAAAAAUUAAAAUCUGCAGCACAGACUGCAGAGAUGCUCUACGCACAACAAUGUGCAAGAACAGAGAUUAGAGCAACGUAACGCCACUGUAAAAGUAACGGACAAUGGCAGUGAGGAGAGGACAGGUUUUUUUUUUUUUUUUUUUUUACCUGCAUUUCUUGUACAGAAACCCCGGUGGCUGGGGGAGCGCACUGCAGCGCCUUAACCUGGACAGGGGGUGGGCCAAAGGUCAGGGUCAUGAGUUUAAGGACCUUCAUGACAGAUGGAUUUAACUUUUUGUUUUUUUUUAUCUGCUGUGGACAAAAAGAAGUCAAUAAACAGUUAAAAAAAAAAAAUCCCACAAGCCCUCCAGAACUCCGCCCUUGAAUUUACGUCUGAAUGCUGCAAACAAGGGGCAGACGAGGGGCCGCUCCCCCCACCCCACCCCACCCCACCUCCUCCGGACAAUAUCAGGUCAAGCUGGACACGUUCUCUAUAUGUUGUCAUGGCGAAAAGGUUUCUAAUUGUUGCUACUUACUAUUCCACCUAUUAUUCUAAUCCAACCUUGUAAAUAAAAGCCAAAAUUAAAAAAAAAAAAAAAAAAAAAAACAGCAAGCAAAG